CUGCGCGCCCCCGCGGAGCCGCCGGGCCCGGCCGCGCGGCGCGGGGGGGACGCGCCGCCACCGCCGCAGGAUGAGCGGCGCUGCCCGCGCGGGACCCGGGGAUUUUCUCUGGCUUUGAACAGCCAUGCUACUCUGUUGCCAAAAAUCAAGUAAACCGAAUGUGCGCAGUUACUCUCCUCUUGAAUUUGAAGAAGGUGGUAGCUCUGUAUAGUGCCGGAAGUUUCUAAAUGAUUUUAGCAGUGGAAGUUACAAACUUCAGAGAUCUAAAGAAAUCAUCAUGAAGCUAUAUGUAUUUUUGGUCAACACUGGAACUACCCUUACGUUUGAUACUGAACUUGCUGUACAAAAUGUGGCUGAUCUGAAACAUGCAAUUCAAACAAAGUACAAGAUUGCCAUUCAGCACCAAGUACUGGUUGUGAAUGGAGGAGAGUGUAUGGCACCAGACAGAAGAGUGUGUAGUUACAGUGCUGGAACAGACACCAACCCAAUUUUUUUAUUCAACAAAGAAAUGAUCUUGUGUGAACGUCCACCAGCUAUCCCCAAAACCACAUUUUCAGCAGAGAAUGAGAUGGAAUUGAAAGUAGAAGAAUCUCUUAUGAUGCCUGCAGUGUUUCAUACAGUAGCAUCACGAACACAGCUUGCUGUGGAAAUGUAUGAGGUUGCCAAGAAGCUUUGCUCCUUUUGUGAAGGUCUUGUACAUGAUGAACAUCUUCAGCAUCAAGGCUGGGCUGCCAUAAUGGCCAACUUGGAAGAUUGUACAUACUCUUAUCAAAAGCUGCUUUUCAAGUUUGAAAAUGUGUAUUCAAGCUAUUUGCAGUCCAUAGAUGAUAUCAAAUUGAAACUUACACACUUGGGUUCUGCUGUUUCUAUCAUGGCCAAGAUACCACUGCUGGAGUGCCUGACAAGACACAGUUACAGAGAGUGUUUAGGAAGACUGGAUUCUUCACCUGAACACGGAGGAGCAGAAAGUGAAGAAACUGAGGAUGGGAAAUCUGCUGAAUUGGUGCUUUAUCCUGAUAUAUCUAAAGUGAACAGUAAAUCAAUGUUAGCGUCAUUUUGCAAGUCAGUUGAACAUUCAGCUUUGGAAGGCACAGAGCCUGAAAAUGUAAAAGAUGAUAAGGAAUCUGGUCAAAGUGCUACUGUCCAGGACAAUGAAAUGUCAGUAGAAUUGAAAGAUGAUGAUCAGCCUUCCUUCAAUGUGUCUUUGUUAGACUGGAUAAAUGUUCAAGAUAGACCUAAUGAUGUUGAAUCCCUGGUCAGAAAAUGUUUUGAUUCUAUGAGCAGGCUUGAUCCAAGGAUCAUCCAACCCUUUCUGGCAGAAUGUCGCCAAACUAUCGCCAAACUAGAUAAUCAGAACAUGAAGGCUAUUAAAGGUCUUGAGGAUAGACUCUAUGCAUUGGACCAGAUGAUAGCAAGCUGCAGCAGACUGGUGAAUGAACAAAAAGAACUUGCUCAGGGAUUUUUGGCAAAUCAGAAGAGAGCUGAGAACUUGAAAGAUCCUUCUGUGCUACCUGAUUUGUGUUUGAGUCAUGCAAAUCAGCUGAUGAUUAUGUUAACUAAUCACAGAAAACUGUUAGAUAUUAAACAGAAAUGUACCACUGCCAAACAGGAGCUUGCAAAUAAUCUGCAAGUCAGACUGAAGUGGUGUUGUUUUGUAAUGCUUCAUGCUGACCAAGAUGGAGAGAAACUACAAGCACUGCUUCGUCUUGUAACAGAGCUCCUAGAAAGGGUCAAAGUUGUAGAGGCUCUCAGCACUGUUCCUCAGAUGUACUGUUUAGCUGUUGUUGAGGUUGUGAGGAGAAAAAUGUUCAUAAAACACUACAGGGAGUGGGCGGGUGCUUUAAUAAAAGAUGGGAAACAUCUGUAUGAAGCUGAAAAGGCAAAAAGGGAAUCUUUCGGUAAACUCUUUAGGAAGUCCUUUCUAAGGAAUCGUUUGUUUAGAGGACUUGACUCCUGGCCUCCAUCCUUUUGUACACGAAAACCUCGCAGAUUUGACAGUGAGCUUCCAGAUAUCUCAUUGAGUGACUUGCAGUUUUUGCAGUCUUUCUGUCCUUCAGAAGUACAGCCAUUACUCAGGGUUCCCAUACUAUGUGACUUUGAACCUCUUCACCAGCAUGUACGUGCUCUACAUAACCUGGUCAAGGCAGCACAGAGUUUGGAUGAAAUGUCACAAACCAUUACAGACCUGCUGAAUGAACAAAAGGCCUCCAAUAGUCAAGCAUCGCCACAAUCUGCUACCACACCAAGGAUGGAAAGUACUACAGGAACCGCAAUUGCUACCUCUUCAAGAACUCCUCCAUCACUCAGUCUUCAGGGUCCCCUGUGUCCUCCUGUGUGUCCCCCAGCUCCAUUAGAAGAAUUGUCUCCAGACAGCAUUGAUGCUCAUACGUUUGAUUUUGAAACCAUUGCCCAUCCGAACUUGGAGCAAGCUCUUAAGCAAGGAUCAUUAGACUUGGAUUCAUUAGCAGAAAGUCCAGAAUCUGACUUUAUGUCAGCAGUAAAUGAAUUUGUAAUAGAAGAAAAUCCAGUGUCUCCUAAUGUAAUAAGUGACCCACAAAGCCCGGAAAUGAUGGUGGAAUCUCUUUAUUCUUCAGUUAUCAAUGCAAUAGACAGUAGACGUAUGCAAGAUACAAGUUCUUGUGUAAAGGAUGUUUCAGCAGAAAAUGCUUCUCUCAGUGUUUGUGUGGAGAAGUGUAGGGUUAUUGCUCAAGACUCAAAGAUACAUUUAAGAGGUAUAAAGGAAGAUCUCUGCCAUUUCAGAACACUUGUACAAAAAGAACAGUGUGACUUUUCUAAUUCUUUAAAAUGUACUUCCUUAGAAAUAGUAAAUACAAUUGAGAAGGUAAAACUUUCACUUGAAAAAACACUAAAUGAUAAACAUCAAAAUGAAUUACAAUGUUUGAAAAGUGAAUAUGAAACUAAAAUUAAUAAAUUAUUGGAGGAUGGUGAAGAAAAUAAAAAGAAAAUCAAAAAGUUAAAAGGUGACCUGUUAGGCCUUGAGGAAGUUCUUCAGACUAAGAACAAUGAAUUUGCAAUAGUAAAGAAUGAGAAAGAAGCUGUCGUUUGCCUUCAGAAUGAAAAAGACCAGAAAUUACUUGAAUUGGAAUGCCAAAUGGAGACACAAAAUUCUGAAAUUAAGGAACUAAGACAGUCACGUGAAAUAGUACUUGAAGACUUGAAAAAACUUCAUGUUGAAAACAAGGAGAAACUACAACUCCUGAGGGCAGAACUUGAGAGUUUAGAGCAAAGCCAUUUAAAAGAACUGGAAAGCAACCUACAAGCCAGGCAUUUACAGGAAUUUGAGAAGGUCGUAGCUGAGCACAAGGACUGUUUGGAUAAAUUAAAAAAAGAGAACCAGCAUAGACUUGAACAAAUGCAGGAAUCUCAUGAAGUAGUUAUGCAAGAGAAACAACAACAAGUAGAAGAGUUACAGCUCAAGGUUUCAGAUCUGUCUGAUUUGAGGUGCAAAUUAGAAGUUGAACUUGCCCUGAAAGAGGCAGAAACUGAUGAAAUGAAGCUUCUUUUGGAAGAAAGCAGAAACCAGCAACAAGAGACCUUAAGAUCUCAAAUUGACAAGGAAACUGAAAGCUUAAAAAAGGAGAUAGAUAAAUUAAACAAUAAAAUACAAAUUAGCAGUGAUGAAUAUCAAGUGGGCUUAUCAGAACUAAGGACUCUGAUGACAAUUGAGAAAGAUCAGUGUAUUUCUGAGCUAGUAAAUAGAUAUGAAGAAGAAUCAAAUUUGCUUAGAACUGAAUUAAAUAAAGUAACGCUUCUUCAUCAAAAAACUGCUGAGGCAGGAAAAAGACUUUCAGAGCAAAUAACAGAACUACAAAGUAAGUUAGAGUUGGAAACGAGUGCCCUAGAGAAGGAAAAAACAGAAAAGUUGUCUCUCUGUGAGCAGCAGGAAAAAUACGAAGCUAUUAUCCAUAAGCUAAAGGAAGAGAAAGAACUGUUAGUAUCUAACCAAGAGCAAGACAGGCAGUUGCUCAUUCAGAAGCUCAAUUGUGAAAAAGAGGAUGCAGUACAAACUGCUUGUAAAGAGUUUGAAUUACAGAGGGAAGCAGCUGAAAAAGGGCUUUUGGACAGAAUACAACAACUUGAGAUGCAAGUGAAUCGGAGUCCUCCUGCUGAAUCAACUGCUGAAUCAAGCUUAGUUGCUGAACUUCAGGAGAAGCUUCAGGAAGAAAAAAUGAAGUUCUUAGAGCAACUUGAAGAACAAGAGAAAAGAAAGAAUGAAGAAAUGCAGAACAUCAGGACAUCUCUCACUGCAGAGCAGCAGACCAACUUUAACACUGUUCUGGCAAGAGAGAAAAUGAAAAAAGAAAACAUAAUUAAUGAUCUUAGUGACAAAUUAAAAGUGCUUACACAACAGCAAGAAAAAGAUAAGGAUUUGAUUGAAACACUUUCUGAAGAUCGUGCUCGCUUACUUGAAGAGAAGAAGCAGCUUGAAGAAGAAGUUAAUAAACUGAGAAGUAGUAAUUUUUCUCCAUCAGCCUACUUGGCAGCAGUGUCAGAAGCUUGUGGAGCCUGUGCAGCUGAUGUGCCCACUGACACAGACAGAUUGGUUGCUGAUUUUGGGGCUGAAGGAAGAAUGGACUCCACGAUGGAAACCAGUAUGAUGGCUGUGCAUGAAAAUGUCCAUAUGUCUGAAGAGAAGCAGAGGAUAAUGUUGUUAGAAAGAACUUUGCAGUUGAAAGAAGAAGAAAAUAAGAGAUUAAAUCAAAGAUUGAUGUCCCAAAGUAUGUCAUCAGUAUCCUCAAGACAUUCUGAAAAAAUAGCAAUUAGAGAUUUUCAGGUUGGCGAUUUGGUUCUUAUUAUCUUGGACGAAAGGCAUGACAACUAUGUGUUGUUUACUGUUAGUCCAACCUUGUAUUUCUUGCACUCAGAGUCCCUUGCUGCAUUGGAUCUCAAACCAGGUGAGUGUGCAUCAGGUGCAUCUAGGAGACCUUGGGUGCUAGGAAAAGUGAUGGAAAAGGAAUACUGCCAGGCAAAAAAGGCACAAAACAGAUUCAAAGUUCCUUUGGGUACAAAAUUCUACAGAGUGAAAGCAGUACCAUGGAACAAGAAAGUAUAACAAAACAAAGUUUUAGUUCAUUCUGUUUCCGUUCUUUUUUUGACUCAUCCUUCAGUGCUCGUUCAUCGCUCCCAAUACCAGGCCAUCUUUUUAUACUGAGGUCAUGUGACAAGAUACGUCAUUGAUGUACUGCUUUUACUUUUUAACAGGUGACAUUUUAGAAACAAGAAAUUCAUCA